AUGCACUCAUUACUCAUUGCAUCCAAAAACCGGAAUGACAUGGCACAGGACGUGAUCGAUAAGACAAAGGAGAUCCUAAAACCGGAAAAGAACGGGAUUCAAAUUGAAAGAAUCAGAAAAGUCAAAGAUCAAAGGAUCAUACUAAGCUGUAAAGAGAGACAAGAGACUGAGAGAAUUAAAAAAAGGAUAGAGGAAAGCGAAGAAUUGGAGGCAGAAAAAGUGAAGAACAAAAACCCACUUAUCAUCAUAAAGGAGGUAAAAUACAAAUUGACCGAUGGAGAAAUAAUAACGGCUGUAAAAAAUCAAAACCCGGAUAUUUGUAUGACCGAACAGGAUGACGACGAUUUUAGGAUCAAAUAUAGAAGAAGAACGAGAAACACAGAGAAGUGCCAUGUCAUAGUACAGCUCAAACCGGAAUAUUGGAAGAAAAUAACAGAGAAGGGGCACCUGUACAUAGGAAUGGAGAGGGUGAGGGUCGAAGAUCAGACCCCCCUCAUACAGUGCACGAGGUGCCUCAACUUUGGACAUGGUAAAAAAUUUUGUAUGGAAAGUGCGGACAGAUGCAGUCACUGCGGAGGACUACACCUGCGGGCAGACUGCCCGGACAGAAAAGCAGGAGUCCCACCGCAGUGCUGCAACUGCACGCACGAAGAACUAUCAGAGACGGACCACAAUGCGUUUAGCAACACCUGCAAAAUCAGGGAGAAAUGGGACAGCCUCGCCCGCUCCACUACAGCCUAUGAUUGAGGACAACACGGAACAAUGCAUACACAAAAAGAACACACACAAAAACACAACACAAACAUUAAACAAAAAACAGGAAACACCAACACACAAUUAUGGAAUAAUUGGAAUGAUGAACAUUCCAAUUAA